AUGGCCAAGGUGUCGGUGCUGAACGUUGCGGUACUGGAGAACCCGAGCCCGUUCCAUAGCCCCUUCCGGUUCGAGAUCAGCUUCGAGUGCAGUGAAGCCCUUGCGGACGACCUGGAAUGGAAGAUCAUUUAUGUUGGCUCAGCUGAGAGUGAGGAGUUUGAUCAAAUCCUAGAUUCCGUGCUGGUCGGCCCUGUCCCAGCAGGGAGACACAUGUUUGUCUUUCAGGCUGAUGCCCCCAACCCAUCCCUCAUCCCGGAGACUGACGCUGUGGGUGUGACUGUGGUCCUCAUCACCUGCACCUACCACGGACAGGAGUUCAUCCGUGUGGGCUACUACGUCAACAACGAGUACCCCAACCCCGAGCUACGGGAGAACCCACCCCUGAAGCCAGACUUCUCUCAGCUCCAGCGGAACAUCUUGGCAUCAAACCCCCGAGUAACCCGCUUUCACAUUAACUGGGACAACAACAUGGACAGGCUGGAGGCCGUAGAGAGCCAGGAUCCUGCCCUGGGCUGCAGCCUCCCCUUCAGCUGCACUCCUAUUAAGGGCCUAGGCCUUCCUGGCUAUAUCCCGGGCUUGAUCCCUGAGAACUCCAUGGACUGCAUUUAA